AUCAAAGUUGGGAAGUUUUCCACAUAUAUUUUAUAAAAUGAGUGAUUUUGAAUGACCAAACUGUUUAAGUUCGAGUAAAGAUGGGGUCAAGAUUAAGGAAGAACAAUAAGCAGAUAUUUGAGUUGUUCUGUGAGGUGGCCAGACCAGAGGACUCAGAUAAAGAUCCCUUUAUUCUGCAGAAGUUUCCUGAUACUUAUGAAGAGGAGGAUAUUUUAAAGCAGAUUCCAAGUUUCACAUUUCCAUGCAAGUUUGAAAGAAACCUCUAUGAUGACAUUACAAUGAGAAUUGGCCCAGCAGUUGAUCACUUCACAUUUGUAUUGACAGACAUUGAUGGCAAGUACAAGUUUGGCUUCUGCCGCCAUGCUACAGGGGCCCAGACCUGUCUCUGUAUUGUCAGCAAUCGCCCAUGGUAUGAGAUCUUCUACAAAUACUUGAACUAUGUGGCAGAGAUCUUGAACAAGACAGAUGAUAACAGCAUAGAGCCAAUACUACAGGCCUUGUAUACCUGUGACUCAGCAAAACCUGGGGAUGAGGUUGAAGUAGUUGCCAAAAACUUCACCGAGAAGUUUAGUUUUCUCUGUCCUGAUCUUCAUACCCUGCCAACCAUCCCUGAAAAUAGGAAUUUGACAGAGUAUUACAAUGCCAUUGAUGCCAACAAUAUGAUGACUAUAUUUGCAAGCAUGCUGUAUGAGCGUAGGAUUAUAUUUACAAGCAAGAAGUUGAGUCGUCUAACAGCAUGUGUUCAUGGUUCCGCCUCACUGUUGUACCCAAUGCAUUGGCAGCAUCUCUACAUCCCUGUACUCCCCUCACACCUGAUUGACUACUGUUACGCUCCAAUGCCUUUUAUAAUAGGCAUACAUUCCUCUUUGAUGGAGAAGGCACGCAACAUGGAGUUGGGAGAUGCUAUAAUAGUUGAUGCUGAUAAGAACACAGUCACUUCAGAACAUGAUGACCUGAACUCUAUGCCAGAUAAUGUGGUUGCCACAUUGAAGAAGCAUCUUCGCAGUCAACAGAGUGAUAGGAUAAAACAAGGAGUUAUGCUCAGUGGGGAUGGUGUCGCUAGAGCAUUCCUAAAGUGCCUUGCUGCAAUCAUAGGUGGCUACAGGGAUGCCCUGAAGUACCGUGUGGGGGAGAAAAUAACAUUUGACCGUGAUGCCUUCAUACAGACACGCCCUACCUCAAGUCAACCUUUCCUUGAGAAAAUAUUGCAUUUACAAUUGUUUGAGCAAUUCAUAAAUGACCGUCUUGAUGGACUUAUGGCAGGCCAUGGGUUCCGUGAUGAGUUUGAAAAUGAGGCUAAUGCAUAUGCGGAUAAAAUGAGCUCACAUAAUAAAUAUCUAGAAUGGACAAAUGAAAUGAAGAAACAAGGAAAGAGAUUUAGAAAAGAUGGAAAGGAGAAAUGGAUGGACUUCAAAGGAAAGGCCAAUCCAGCAUUAAAACAUGCAGCCAAUGCAGUAAAGACAAAGAGCAAGCAAGCCUACAAGGAUUUUAAACGAACUAUAGAUGAUUUAAGAAAGGAAGAGGAGCUCCAUAAACAACUAGGCAUCAGCAAGGAAAGACCUGCUACAAUACCCUCAGCAGAACUCAGAGGACAACGGCCACCAAGACCGCCGCCACCAGGGAGCCGGAAGGCUGAUGAUGUCACAGAUGGAGGCUUACCAGAACUUCGACGUCACACUACACGCAAAGCCUCCUAUGAAAGAGCAAAACAGUACAAGGUGAUCAGUUUUGAUGACUCCUCUGUCGGUGACUCAGAUUUGGAAUACAGACGUAUAAGUGUUGGACUGGUGGAAGAUCCCGAUAUACAAAAGGCCAUGAAGCGAUCAUUCAGUUCUGAUGACCUCAUAGAGGAAGAGACUAUUGAGACUUCUUCUGAACCUGAUGAUGCUUUUGAAGAUGAGGUUGACACAGAAUCAGACAGUUCAGGCCCGUCUAUGUCAGAUAAAGUGAGAAAUGAUCACCCUAUACCAGCUCCUAGACUAAAGAAACUGGCUCAAUUCCAACAAGGUCAAAGUUCAAAGCCAUCUGAGCAGAAGGAUAUAGCAGCGCCAUCUAGUGAAACUUUGAGAGAGGAUUCUGAGAAGCCAGGACCAAAGCCGUCCCCUAGGCAUAACAUCACUAGUGACACUCCAACCAAACCCAAUGUAAAUAGUGACACAGCAAAACGUGACAUAAUGCUAAUUAGGCUUGAUUCUUUAAAUGUAAGUGAACCAGGAAAUAUUGAAUUUGAUCCUCUGGCUCAAAAUCAAACAAUAGGUGACUCUUCAAGCUCUAAUGACCUCACUGGACUAGAAAGUAGUCAAAUGGUGGCACAAGCAACAAAGGAAAAUGAUAAGUCUGGGCAUCAAGCUGGAAAAGUGAGUAGUUUUGUGAAAAUGGUGGAGUCAGGGCUGGACCCGACUGCUUCAGGAACUCCAGGGAAACCAGUAAUGAGGACUGAUUCUUUUUAUCGGCGUGAGCGACCACAAACAGUUGUCCAUAAACCACAUGAUACUAAAGUUGCAGCUCGAACAGCAUUUUUUGAAAAACCCGUGUCCAAACCUGUACGGAUUGAUCCAUCUAAUUUUAAUUCCCUGGAUAAUUUGUUUGGGAACAAUAGAACAGGGAGUAAUGCUGCAACCUCUAAUAGGCCUAUUAGUAUGAUAGAAAGCACAAAAACAAUUCGGCAAUUUGGAGGUGCCAUAUCAGUACAUGACACUAUCAAAAAAAUAGAAGAGCACAAGAAUUUUGCACCUCAUGAAGAGGACAGUUUACUAAAGGAGUGGAAUUUGGAUAGUCAUUUUGGAAAGAUGAGACAAGAGGGUAGUGGUAGUCUAGAUAAUCUACUGAAGGAUUUACCAACUAGUAGCACAAGCUCUGGACUAUCUAGUCCCCCCAUCCCUAAACCCCUGACCAAAACCACUGGGUCAACUCCUGGUUUGCACCAUGUCCCUGGGCCAACAAUGGGAUUACAGCAAGGGGUCCAUUCAAGUCCUCAACAUUUAAUGAACACUCAGCCAUAUCAUACUCCAAAUAGGCAAUCAGCUAUGCCUAGCUUAAUGGGAGCACCACAAGCUUUUAGUAGUGCAUAUACAACAAAUAGGAGCUCUACACUACCUUCAUUUGGUUACCAGAGCAACCAGUCUGGUUUCCAUAGCAGCCAAACAAACAAUCCAGUAUCAACCCCACAAGUGUUUCAGUCAAAUACAUUAGGAUCAGGUGUCUAUUCUAGUCAGAAAACUCAACCAUUUUCAACCACUAAGGAGAUACCACAAAGUUCAAAUAUUUUACAGCCAAUGACUGCAUCAGAUGUGAAAGAAGAUUUGGAUCCAUUUAGUGACUUAGUAUCCACAGUGAAGUCAGUGGUCCAGCCAGAACAAUCGAAGCAGUCACAAUGGGAGACAUUUGAAUGAGUCAAUUUAGAUAUUACAUGUGGACAUGAACAUGCAGUGAUCUCCCCAUGCAAUGAAGCAAUACUUUUGGACACAGUUCAGAAUUUGAAAAUUAAGCUUGCACGCUGUUGAAAUCCAUUUGAACACAGUUGAACUUGUUUAAAGAAACCAGUUAACCCAGUCUAAAGAAAUUAGAAUUUUAAACAUAUUUUAUAAUCAAAUAGAUCAAAUGUGAAUCUUUCAACCAUCUGAAAAAAUUCUGGGGAGAUCACUUUUAUGUAGAUUGUAACUAUCCAAAGA